AUGCGACCAAGCACUCUGAAUACAACCCUAUCACCUCCCGUUCCAUCCUUCAGUGCAACUGGCCCCCCACCUAUCUGUCAAGACAUCAAUGGUAUCAAGUUCGUGUGCGCUGGAAGCUGUGUAGCUCGCACCGCAUGUUUGAUCUGCGAGUAUGAUAAUGUCACCAAAACAAAAGCGUUCCGGCCACCAUGGGAGCCGGAGAUGUGUAUCUCUCCAUUAUUAAUCGCUGAAUCCAAUGCAACACCAAUUCGUCUUUCUUUCUGGAUGAUCUCCAUGGUGGUCUUCGUAAAUCUGAUGUGA